GUGAAGAUCAUUAUUAUUAUUAUUAUUAUUAUUAUUAUUAUUAUUAUCAGAUUUACAAUAAGCAUAUGAGUUUAUUGAUUCUUUUAAUUUAUUUUCUUAUAUAUCUGAAUGGAUAUAACUUGAUACAGUUUAACUUAUUAUCUGAUGAAUUAAUCCAAUAUGUAAAUAAUUAUCCAUCUGCUGGAUGGAAAGCAUCAAAACAGAAUCGAUUUAAAUCAAUAUCUGAUGUAUAUAAUACAUUGGGACAUUAUGGUAUUCGACGUUUUAGACAGGGGAUUCUUCCGAUUGUUUCACAUGAAGAUAAAAAUAUUGAAUUACCUGAUUAUUUUGAUUCACGUGAACAAUGGAAAGAUUGUCCAACUAUCAAUAUUAUCCACGAUCAGUCACAAUGUGAUUCCGGUUGGGCUGUAGCUUCAGCUGCCUCAAUCAGCGAUCGUACAUGCAUCCAGACAAAUGGAACAAUAAAAGUAGAAUUGAGUGCCAUUGAGCUAAUUUCUUGUUCGAAAAAUAAACUUGGCUGCCAAAUUGGGUAUUCUGAAUUCGCUUGGGACUAUUGGUUAAAAAAUGGACUAGUUACAGGAGAUUCAACAGGUUGUUUACCGUAUCCUUUUCCAAAAUGUGAUCAUAGAUCAUCUAACUCAUAUCCAAAGUGUGGCUAUACUACCUACACAGCACCACCAUGCGAGAAAACAUGUCGUUCUGGAUAUCCUAUUCCAUACAUAGCGGAUAAACAUUACGGGAAAGCCGUUUACAGUCUUAGAGCAAAUGAAAGUGAUAUUAGGAAAGAAAUUAUGAUGAAUGGACCAGUUGAAGCGGGCAUUUUUGUGCAUGCUGAUUUUUUUAACUAUAAAUCUGGUGUUUAUAAACAUAUAAUCGGACGAUUAGUUACUAUUCAUUCAGUUCGAAUAAUUGGAUGGGGUAUAGAAAAUGAUACUCCUUACUGGCUAUGUGCCAACUCAUGGAAUGAAGAUUGGGGUCUGAAUGGAUACUUUAAAAUUUUGCGCGGGUCAAAUGAAUGCGAAAUUGAAAGUUUUGUACAUGCUGGCAAAGUGGACAAUAAGCCUAGAUCAGAUUGAAAAUAAUCGUAAUAUAAUUAUUAUAACUUUAUUUGAAUAACUUAUUUUCACUAAAUGAUUUGAAUUUAAACAGUUAUAUCCAAAUAUAAUUCAUGAUAACUAAA